AUGGACUCAAGCGAGAGAAGUAAUAAGGGACAAUUCGUCGAUGAAGAAGGACUGGGGCCCCGCCUGAAUCCCGUAUCCAAUUUGACAAAGCAUCUAAUGUCGUCAUCAUCCACCUCUAUAGACAAUCAGAAGUCGUGGACGGAGGCCCAACAGCAGCAGCAGCAGCAACAACAACAGCAACAACAGCAACAGCAACAAAGCCAAUCGCUUCAGGCCCAUCUGUAUCAAAGUUCAUACCAACCUAGCCUCAAUUACAUUCGUAGUGGUCAGUCAGAUCACUCUGGUGCCGGAUCAUUACCUGGCUCUGCUCCUCAGAGCGGGGGGAAUAAUAUUUACCAGCACAGUUCUUUCGGAUCUCAUGGCGUCGUUGCACCAGCACCAUCGAGCUACAUCCCUGUCACUCACAACACUCCUACAAUGGUGAACAAUUCGUACACAUCCAAUCAUUCAUAUACUCCCUCCCAGCUGGGUGGUGGGAACCAUUUCAUCCCAUUGCAAUACCUGUCGCUGCAGCAAAAUGCCUUGGAGCCUGUUCUGCAACUGCAACUGAGUUAUCUGAAUCAUUUCACUUCAGGAUCGUACAAGCCAAUGACCUUGAGUCAGGGCAUCCCCACCACUAACAUUUCGAUGGACUCGGCAAACCCCGUUCCGACUUCAUCAGUAAAUAAUUCAUUUCACAAUCCGUCAUUUCUGCAAGCAAGAAUGACCACUAACUACAGUGGUACCAAUAGCUCUUUUUCACCUCAGUCGGAUUAUGAAAAUCGCCAAGAGCUGCAACACCAGCUUCAACACCAGCAACAACAGCAACAAGAUCAAGAGCAACAUCAACAACAACAAAAGCAGCAACAACAACACCAGCAACAGGAGCAGCAGAAACAGCAGCAGCAGCAGCAAGCACAGGCGCCGGCGCUGUCACACGUUCCAUACUAUGCGGAACCAGAUCAUUACAUGACUUACGCAGAAUUCCUUGAGUCCCUCAACCAAAAAGAUACAGAAAUGAUGGAAGCAACUUCAAGAGAGACUGGUAACUCACCUGUACCCCCAGAAGAGCAUCUCAAUAUCACUGAUUAUUCCAUUAACGAUCUUAUAUUAAUGCUUUCGUGUUUAUUGAGCAAGAUUGUGGAGGCUAACGAUAAACUUCACCCCAACCAUUUUGAUAACACUAUUGCUGUGAGACAAAAGACUAAAGAAGAGAAAAAGCUCCGUAAGCUACAAAAGCAAAAGAUUAUAGAUGGCCAACAACACCAGUAUGGUAGAGGUGAUGAAAAUGGCCAUAAUCACGUAGACCUUACGGUGGUCGACUUUUCUUCAGAUGAUGAAGAAGAAGACGAGAUGAAGAAUAAGUACCUUGCCAAUGUUCUUGCAUUUCAUGGAAAAAACGUUCCAGGUAUUUCGCUACACGCUUAUCUUACGAGAGUUUUAAAAUACUGUCCAGUGACUUCAGACGUGUUCUUAUCCCUUUUGGUUUACUUUGAUAGAAUUGCUAAGAAAGCAAACAACUUGCGGAAAAAGAAAGAAGCAUCGAGUACUUUGGAUGGAGGAGAAGAAGACCCCUCUUCCGAGCAAUUAUUUGUAAUGGAUUCUUACAAUAUUCACAGGCUUAUCAUAUCCGGUAUAACCGUGUCUUCUAAGUUUUUCUCUGAUAUCUUCUAUAAGAAUUUGAGAUACGCUAAAGUGGGAGGUUUACCUCUUGAAGAAUUGAAUUAUUUGGAACUACAAUUUUUACUCUUACUUGAUUUUAAAUUGAUGAUUUCAGUGGAAGACCUCCAGAAUUACGGGGACCUUUUGCUUAGAUUUUGGAAAAGGGAAGAAGUAACAGCAGAGCUAGUUAACGGAAGCACGAGUAACUUUGAACAACCUUCGCAAACAGAAGGUGAUCAAUAUCAAGGUCAACAGCAACAGCAGCAGCAGCAACAACAAGAACGAAGCACUGGGAGCGGUGUUGAGCAACAGUUGCAUGAACACCAAUCCCAGUCGUAA